CCAAAAAUAUUAUAGAACGUUUACGCAUGUCGACACUGAAUGCAGCAAAGACAGUAACGUGAUAACAAGACACGGAGAUCCAACACGAAAUCUGAAGCCCAAAGCAGCAGCAUAAACACUCACGGUGCUCCUUCCUUCUUUCUCAGACACCGCACCGGAGCAACUCCUUCAUCUUCUUCUGAUUCAUUCUCACGCGUUCACAAAGCCCGUACCUUUCGUCCUGUACCACAGGUCAAAGUCUGUUAAUUCCCGCCGAUUCCGUCUCAAUUAGCAAUUGCGCAGCCGCUGCGAUGUCUGAGAAGAGCGAUUCCGGCCAGCUUCCGGACGGUGCUGCUGCGGCUGCAGAUUCGAAUGCGAUUUGGAACGACGUCGUUUCACCGGCGAACAAAACCGAGGAAUUGGGGAAAGUGUUGGAGGACGCGGGGUCAGGGAAGGAGGACAUGUUCGAAGAUUGCCCCGACGAUAUCUUGGUGGAUGAGGUCGAACGUUUACGACUUCAGCUGGAUGCUAGUAUUGCAGAGAAAGAUGACUUUGCUCGCAAAUUUAAGGAAGAGAGAGAGUCUUUUGUUAGAGAAGUUGGUACUCUUCGAAUUCAGCUUAGGGGUCUCACUGAUCAACAGCCAUUGGUGGGUGAAAAUGGCGGUGAUUUUUGUAAUAAUGAGGCUGAAAGUGGAGAGAAUGGAGAAAAGACUGCAGUGGUGGACAAGGGUACACCGUGGAUUGACUUGAUAAAGGAGAGUUCUGGGUUUGUUAAGAAGGCGUUGGAGAAACAGUCUCAGAUUGAGGCCAGGGUGAGAGAGCUCGAUGGAAUUGUGUAUAUGAAGGAUCAAGAAAUCGAGGGUCUCAAUGCCAAUGUGAAAGUUUUAUAUGAGAGUCACCAUGAGAAGGAUGCAUAUUUUGAAGCUCUGGCAAAUAGGAUGUUGGCUUCCCUUAGCCGUGUAGUUGGUCAACAAGAACUGCUGGAUGAUUCUAUUGGUGGAAAACUAGUACAUGUUGAGAAUGGCACGUCUAUGUUAGUUGAGAAUUUCACCCGGAAGCUUUCUGAAAUUGAACAUUUCAGACAGUGUUUGCCUGAGACCGGGUUUGAUCAUAGUUCGCAGGAGGUGGGGGGCAUUUUUGCUGCUGCUCGUAAUGAGUUACUUGAGCUCAGAAGAAAGGAAGCCGAAUUUGUUGAAAGACUGAGUCUUCUAGAAGAUUCAAAUAGGAAAUUGGUUGAAGAACUAGACAAUCAGAGAGCGAUAGCUGAAAGGCUGAAUGCAGAACUUGGACAAACAAAAAUGGAGCUGGAGCAGGAGAAGAAUAGGUGUGCUAAUACUAGAGAGAAGCUUACUAUCGCUGUGCAGAAAGGCAAGGGAUUGGUACAUCAAAGAGACUCAUUGAAGCAGUCCAUUGCUGAAAAACUGAGUGAGCUUGAGAAGUGUCGGACUGAAUUGCAGGAGAAGUCAAGUGCUCUUGAAGCUGCUGAAUUAAGCAAGGAGGAAUUGAUUAGGAGUGAAAACUCAGUUGCAUCACUGCAAGAAACACUUUCCCAAAAUAAUGUAAUUCUUCAGAAACUUGAAGAAAUGUUGUCUCAGACUGGUGUACCUGAAGAGCUUCAAUCUAUGGAUAUUGUAGAGAGACUUCGAUGGCUUGUGGAUGAAAGUGUUAAACUCAAGGAAAUUUCUAUGGAAUUCCAAACCUUGAAAGAUGCUAUGUAUGCUAUUGGUCUACCAGAAGUUAUUUCAUCUUCUAGUUUGGAAUCUCAAAUAAGUUGGCUUCGGGAAUCAUAUUCUCAGGCGAAUGAGGAAGUGCUUGUGCUACAUAAUGAAAUUACUGCAACUAAGGAAGUGGCACAUAAAAAUAUUGACCAGUUAACUGAAUCACUUUCAGCUGAAUUGCGGGCAAAAGAACAUCUCCAAGCAGAGUUGGACAACAUAACAUCGGAAUACAAUGAGAUUAUCAAGAAAGAGCAUCAAGUGUCUUUAGAGAAAGCUCAGAUGGUCAGAAGGUUACUUGAUGUGUCUGGAGUUGUAAUGGACAAUGAGGAUGUCUCUCAACUUUCCUCAGACAUUGCCACGCUCAUUGACACAUGUAUUGAGAAGAUAAAAGAACAGAGCUCUGCUUCACUUUCGGCUGAAAUGCAGGCAAAGGAAGUUCUCCAAGUGGAGUUUGACAGUCUUACAUCAAAGUACAAAGAGAUGGUUGAAAAGGAGCGUCAGGUAUCUUCAGAGAAUGCUGAGAUGGUCAAAAUGUUACUUGAUGUCUCUGGAAUUGUGAUUGACAAUGAGGAUGUCUCUCAGCUUUCCUCAGACAUUGGCACGUUCAUUGACACAUGUAUUGGGAAGAUAAAAGAACAGAGCAGUGCUUCAUUUGAACAGUCAACUGCUUCGCUUUCAGCUGAAAUGCAAGCAAAGGAAUAUCUCCAAGUAGAGUUGGAGAGUCUAACAUCGAAGUACAAAGAGAUUGUUGAGAAAGAGCGUCAAGUGUCUUCAGAGAAGGCUGAGAUGGUCAAAAUGUUACUUGAUGUCUCUGGAAUUGUGAUUGACAAUGAAGAUGUCUCUCAGCUUUCCUCAGACACUGCCACGCUCAUUGAUAGAUGCGUUCAGAAGAUAAAAGAACAGAGCAGUGCCUCACUUGAUUAUCCAAGUUUCAAUGUGGAGCUAUUUGAAACAAUUCAAAGCCACUUGUACGUAAGAGAUCAGGAGUUGAUGCUCUGUCGGAAUAUUCUAGAAGAGGAGAUGGUGAUGAAAUCAGAGGUGAAUAAACUGUCGGAGGAAUUACGAAUUGUGUCUCAACAAGUUGAGGCAUUGAAGGAGGAAAAAGGGUCCCUACAGAGAGAUAUUGAACGGUCAGAACAGGAGAAUGCUAUGAUAAGGGAGAAGUUAUCCGUGGCAGUCAAGGAAGGUAAGGAAAUGGUUCAAGAGCGGGGAAAUGCUUCAUUUGAACAGUUAACUGCUUCUCUUUCAGCUGAAAUGCAGGCAAAGGAAUAUCUCCAAGUAGAGUUGGAGAAUCUAACAUUGAAGUACAAAGAGAUUGUUGAGAAAGAGCGUCAAGUGUCUUCAGAGAAGGCUGAGAUGGUCAAAAUGUUACUUGAUGUCUCUGGAAUUGUGAUUGACAAUGAAGAUGUCUCUCAGCUUUCCUCAGACACUGCCACGCUCAUUGAUAGAUGCAUUCAGAAGAUAAAAGAACAGAGCAGUGCCUCACUUGAUUCUCCAAGUUUUGAUGUGGAGCUAUUUGAAACAAUUCAAAGCCACUUGUACGUAAGAGAUCAGGAGUUGAUGCUCUGUCAGAAUAUUCUAGAAGAGGAGAUGGUGGUGAAAUCAGAGGUGAAUAAACUGUCGGAGGAAUUACUAAUUGUGUCUCAACAAGUUGAGGCAUUGAAGGAGGAAAAAGGGUCCCUACAGAGAGAUAUUGAACGGUCAGAAGAGAAGAAUGCUAUGAUAAGGGAGAAGUUAUCCAUGGCAGUCAAGAAAGGUAAGGGAAUGGUUCAAGAGCGGGAAAACUUGAAACUUCGUGUGGAAGAAAAGAACUCGGAGAUUGAGAAGCUAAGGCUUGAGUUACAGCAGGAACAAUCCACACUGUCUGAAUGCAGGGACAAGAUAAAUAGCUUGUCUGCUGAUACAGACUGCAUUCCAAAGUUAGAAGCUGAUCUUGUUGCUAUGAAGGAACAAAGGGAUCAACUCGAACAGUUCUUACUGGAGAGCAAUAACAUGUUACAGAGAGUAACUAAAGCAAUUGAUGCAAUCGUGCUUCCUGUUGAUUCUUUUGAAGAACCUUUGGGGAAGGUGAACUGGCUUGCAGGAUACCUGAGUGAAUGUCAUGAUGCUGAGGCAAAAGCAAAGCAAGAGUUGGGAAAAGUACAAGAGGAAACAAGUAAUCUUGUGUUUAAGUUGGAAGAAGCCCAUUCAACAAUAAAUUCACUGGAAAAUGAAUUAUCAGUGGCGGAGAAUAGUUUGUCACAACUUGCUGAAGAAAAGAGGGAAAUGGAAGUCAGUAAGACCAGUGUUGAAAAAGAGUUACAGAGAGCAUUAGAAGAAGCUGUUUCCCAGGCUAGCAAAUUUAGUGAGGUUUCUGCAGUUAAAAAGUCGCUGGAAGAGGCAUUAUCACUUGCAGAAAAUAAUAUAUCUGUUCUUGUCAGUGAAAAAGAGGGGGCUUUAGUCAGUAGAGCCACUGCAGAUACAGAGCUAGGAAAGGUCAAAGAGGAAGUUGAUAUACAGACCAGCAAACUAAUAGAUGCCUACAAGACCAUAGAGUCACUUGAAGUUGCACUUUCUCAGGUACAGGCCAACGUUUCUUUACUUACUGAACAAAACAAUGAUGCUCAAAUUGGUAGAUCCAAUUUAGAGGCUGAGCUAAAGAAACUGCAAGAGGAAGCUAGGUUGCAGGAUAACAAGCUUGCAGAUGCCAGUGCAACCAUAAAUAAACUGGAAGAUGCACUGUUGAAAGCAGGGAAUGAUAUAUCUGAACUUGAAACUGGAAAGAAAAAUGCUGAAGAGGAGAUAUUAAAACUCAGUUCCAAGUUAAAUGCAUCCAUCGAAGAGUUGCCUGGAACUAAUGGCAACACAGAAAACAGGUCCUUAGAGCUCACUGGUCACCUUGAUAAUCUUCAAGUGCUAAUGAAGGACGAGACUAUGUUGUCCACAAUGAAAAGAUGUUUUGAGAAGAAGUUUGAGAGCCUGAAAGAUAUGGAUCUCAUUCUUAAAAAUAUAAGAGACCAGUGUGUUUCAGGGGGUUUAGCUGAGCUGCAAGGUCAGCAAGUACUGGAGGAAGAUUCAUAUGUGACCAAAUCUUUUUCAGAUGGUCUUGUCAAUAUUGUCAGUGUUGAAAAGGACAAUGCUGAGGUCAAUGGUGCAGAUGGUAAUGAUAUACCUUCAUAUUUGAAGACGACUGUGGAAAGGUUGCAGUUGCGCGACAUGGUUCUGUCACAAAAUUUUGAACGCUUCUCUUCUUUUAUAGAUGAGUUUAUUGAAACUCUGUUAAGAAAUUUACAGGCACGAAGUGAUGAAGUAGCAGUUAUGUUCGAGCACAUGCAGUCUUUUAAACAAAAAGCAAAUAAUUUGGAAAUAUAUAAACAUGAACAGGAGAAUACCAUAGCCAUUUUAGAAAAUGAUCUCAAGUCUCUUGUCUCUGCUUGUACUGAUGCGACCAGAGAACUGCAAUUUGAAGCUAAGAACAAGUUACUUGAACUCAGCUCUGUUCCUGAACUUGAGGAAUUGAGACAUAAUUUGCCCCAAGAAACAGGAGCAACUGAUGGAGAGACCACGGAAACACAUGGGCAAGGUAUUGAUGACAGCAACUAUGGUAAAACAGCAGGAAUGUUGUCAGUUGCUUGCAGAAAUGUUCAAGCUUUGGUCAGACAGUUUGAGAUCACAAGUAAAGUGGCCGCGUCUACAAUUGAAGAUUUGCAGAAUAAACUGAAAGAAGCUAGAACUACUUCUGAAAAAGCCAUUGAAGAAAGGGAUCUAAGACAAAAUAGGAUUUCCAAGUUGGAGGCGGAUAUAUAUGCGUUAGAAAGUUCUUGCACUAAUCUGACGCUUAAACUAGAGGAUUAUCAAGCAAAAGAGGAUAGAUUGAAGGAAAGGGAGGCAGAACUUUCAUCACUACACAAUACUUUGUCAAUGAAAGAACAAGAGAAUGAAGACUCCCUCCUAUCAGCAUCAGAAGUCAAAAUCCUCUUCGACAAAAUCAAAGGGAUUGAAAUCCCUAUACCAGAGUCAGAAGUAGGAGACUUAGAAUCCCAUAAUUCAACUCAUGUGAAGAAGCUCUUUUGCGUUAUCGAUAACAUUAGUAACUUUCAGCAUCAGAUAAACUCACUGUCUUCCGAAAAAGAAGAGCUACAGUCAACACUCCGAACGCAAUUUCUUGAAAUAGAGCAUCUAAAGGAGGAGGUGGAAAACCAUGUCAGAGAUGGACAAGAUACUGAGAAGAUGAAAAAUGAACUGUCUGUGCUGAUAUAUGCUUUGCAAAAAAUUAUAGAUAUGUCGGGAGGUGAUGAUUUAGUUGGAGACGAGAAGUCUGCUGGUGUGAAGGGACUUGUGUCGGUGUUAGAGAAGCAGGUUAUGGCUUUGCUACUUGAAUCUAAAAAUUCAAAAUCAAAAGCUCAGGAACUUGGCACUAAGUUGGUCGAGAGCCAAAAGGUUGUGGAUGAAUUAUCAACCAAGGUUAAUUUACUUGAAGUUUCAGCUCAAGGAAGGGUUGCUCAGCCAGAGAUUGUCCAGGAAAGGAGCAUCUUUGAAGCACCUUCCUUGCCUACUGGUUCAGAGAUAUCUGAAAUUGAAGAUGUGGGAUCACUUGGAAGCAAAACGAUAUCCCCUGUUCCAUCAGCAGCUCAUGUGCGCAUGAUGCGAAAGGGUUCCACUGACCAUCUUGCAAUUGAUAUCGAUCCCGAAUCUACUCGUUUAAUCAGCACUGAAGAAACUGACGAGGACAAAGGCCAUGUAUUCAAGUCUCUCAAUGCAUCUGGUAUCAUUCCAAGACAAGGAAAGUUGAUUGCAGAUCGAAUUGAUGGAAUUUGGGUAUCUGGUGGUCGAAGUUUGAUGAGUCGCCCAAGGGCUAGGCUAGGCGUCAUUGCCUACUGGCUUGUCUUGCAUCUGUGGCUGCUAGGAGUCAUCAUUCUGUAAAGAAGCCUUUGAUAGAUUACACCCUCGACUUCUCAUUUGGGUCUGCAAGCAAAAUUGUAUCAUAGAUGGAUGACAUUUUGUAAUUUUUUUUUCUCCCAUUCUUUUUUGCCACUUUGCAUAGAUGCCCCCAUCCCCAAAUUACUUCUCUUCAAUCACAUUUUUAGGUUGCAGAGAAUCAAAUCAAAAGGCUCUAUGCCCGUGGAAAAUAUUACACAUUUGUUACUUGUUCGUCAGAUUCAAUCUUAGUUCAGUAGGCGACAGAGUAACAGACAGUGUUUGUAGUUACUAGUUAGUGGAGUUAAGUGAUAGCUCUCUCAAGUUUCGACA